ACCCGAACAUUCUACAUUAUGGGAGUGUGGUAUCUCCUAAGGUUUGAGGGCCUGUGCCCGAUAUUCGUCGGAUUUUUUCUUGUAACUUCUGCAUAUCCAAUGCACUCGGUUAAUGAUUCCAUAUGUCUGCAGACAUGUAACUGUGUGAAAAAGAGAAUGGACACAGUCUUCUGUGAUGCUCUGUAUCUUUCGGCUAUACCCGCAGUCGAUCGUUUUCCACCGAUGGUAAAGACUCUCUUUCUCUCUCAAAACUUGCUCACCAUCAUCGAAAAUGACGCCUUUUAUCUGCUGACGCUUCUUACUUCUCUGCGACUAGGUGACAAUUUCAUUUCAACCAUAGAGCCUCGAGCAUUUUCUGGACUUGUUAAUCUUUUAUUGCUCCAGUUAACCGAAAAUUCAUUAGUUGAUCUUUUUGCGUUACCAUCCGUUCCGUCUCUCACAAUUGACUUUAAUUUCAUUCAACAUGCCAAUGGUUAUUAUCAACCGAUUUCGGCCGAGUUCAACAGCCCAAGUGAUUUUCGAAUCAUCUCAUUGUCAAAUAAUUUUUUGUUCGGUCUAUCGAACUUGACUCUGCCAGUAAGCAGAAUUGUAGCAUGUGAAUCCAAACUCCAAAUUUUCGAUAUUCAUGAAAUCAAGUUUCCUCAUCGCGUCAAUUCUAUCGAUGUUCGCAGAAACAAUAUCAGAUUGCUUCCUGAUCUUACUAACCUAUCUCGCCUCAAGAUUAUUUGCUUACUAGAAAACCCAAUCCACGUGAUACAGUCUUUGCAGUGGCCCAAGAGCAUAAGGACACUACAAAUACAUUCAGAUCGGGCAAACUGGACAAUUCCCUUCGAUAAUACUUCCAGUCAAAUAACCCAACUGACUCUCAGUGGUGCAGGAAUUAGUUCUGUAAAUGAUGUACUUUGCUGGGACGUGAAUUUCUUCGAGAUUUUAGAUAUUACAAAGUCAUCGGUUGGCGAUGUUAUCGAUUUUCCCCAAAUUCCAAACCUAGAUGAACUCCGCAUAACACAUUCAAAACUAAGAGACAUCACUAUACUUAACCCUUGUUUAUUUCCAACGCUAAAGGUUGUAGACUUUCGGUUCAAUCAGAUCACCAAAUUCACCAUCCUCAACGGGAUAAAUGAUCGGUGUGUGAUUGCUAGCGCAUCUAUAAGGAAGCUGAAUCUUGAAAACAAUCAGAUAAAUGAUACAGACUUUUUGAAAAACCUUACAACUCUCAUUGAAUUGUACCUAUCCUAUAAUAACAUUUGGACCGUCGAUUGGACAUCUUUGACUACAAAUACGGAACUGCAUAUAUUUCGAAUAUCUGAUAACUAUAUCUACAGUAUUCAGAACUUAAUCAAUUUGGAUAAACUUACUAUUCUAGACGUUUCUCAAAAUAGAAUAAUGUUUAUCGAGCCGGGUACAUUUGAUGAUUGCUCUGAUUUGAAUACACUCAAACUGAGUCACAAUAAACUCACCGAGUUUCCCGAAUUAACCGAAUUUUCGAAACCCUCAUUCACUCUAGAUUUGCGAUAUAAUGAUAUUGAAAGGGUUACGCUGGUGGGCGUAGAUUUGGAUGCGACCUUGUCUAUUGAUAUAGGCUGGAAUAAAAUUAGAUAUUUCGAGGGAUCAGCUCAUGAAGACCGGGCCCGUGGAAUUUUUUUACGGAACAAUCUGUUAGAGUCUCUUCAGGAGGUGAAUGUGAGCUUGAUUGAAUCUAUAUAUAUUCUGGACCUUGGUCACAAUCUGCUAACAAACCUGAAUCACCCAGACUUUAUCGCAAAGAAGUUUAUUAGGUAUACUGUGGAUCACAAUCGAUUGUAUCACAUACCACUACCCGCGAGAACAAAAAUAUUAAACUGUUCACAUAACAGCAUCAAUCAUCUGCAUGAAGACAGGAACUGCGCAACUGGUGACGUAGAUUGCAAGACGGUGUGUGAGUUGACGGUACUGGACGCUGGGUGGAACAAGAUAACCGCCCUCCAAGAAAAUGCCUUUCGAAAUUGCAGUAGAUUAAACGAGGUUUUUCUACAAGGAAACCCCUUACAGUCGGUCUCCUCAGAUUUUCUAAGAAGUCUCCAUUCAUUUUCACUGUCACAUUCGUUGUUAAGAAGUGCCGAUAUUGAAAUUGAGAGGUAUGACCUUGUAACCGGGACUAUCGAAAUGAACAAUGUGACGCUGUUCCGGCAGCAGCCCAAUGUGUCCUUUAACUUUUCGUUACCAUUUCUAACAAAAUCCUUACUUCUUUGUUGCAAUGAAAUGUCCAUGCUACCUUCAAUCAAUGCCCCUUUGAUCGAACACCUUGACUUAAGUCGUAACGAAAUUCACUCGAUUUCUAGAAACACUUUUGCAAAAAUGUCUCGAGUUAGCUCAAUCGAUCUUCAAGACAAUUUAAUUGAGAGCAUCCCAGAGCAUGCGUUUACAUCAUGUUCAAGACUAAGUGAAAUAAAUCUUGAGCAUAAUCGGAUUGAAUUCAUAUCAAGAUCAGCAUUUCCCAAUAGUGGUAAAAGCUUGGCAAUUCGUCUAGGUUGGAAUCGCUUGAUGACCAUUCAACCAUCUAGCUUUCCCCUACUCUCCAGUACGAUCUACCUUGACGCAAACCCUUGGCACUGCGACUGCAAACUGAAGAACCUCCAGAGAUGGCUCCAUCAAUCUGGUGUCCAUGCAGUGAACUGUGCGACUCCUCGCUACAGAAACCAAAAUCUGUUGCAUCUUCAAUUGGACUCUUGUCCAAACCCUACUCCCGGCGUGGAAGCUCUCGAACCUUCUCCUUCUUUUGCGAGUCGUGGAUUCUUGAUAAAAGAAACAGAAUAUUUCGCUUUCGUUUCUUUUCAUUUUAUUGUAUUGUACUCAUGGAAUCUUUAG